AUGCACUUCCCUUUCCUACCCCCUCUGUUAUAUAUUGAAUUCUCAAUUAUAUUUUUUUCAUCUCUCCUUGUUCAAUGUAUGAUUGAAGAAGAGAAGCCAAAACCAAAACUCACAGCACCUAAAAUCCCAGAAGGAGAGAAAGUAGACUUUGAUGAUAUCCAGAAGAAAAGACAGAACAAGGACUUGAUUGAGCUGCAGUCACUGAUUGAUCAACACUUUGAGGCUCGUAAGAAGGAAGAGGAAGAGCUUAUUGCAUUGAAGGACAGAAUUGAGAAACGCAGAACUGAGAGAGCUGACCAGCAAAGGACCAGAGCAGAGAAGGAGAAGGAACGUCAGAACAGACUUGCUGAGGAGAAGGCAAGAAGAGAGGAACAAGAUGCCAUGAGACGUGCUGAGGAUGAUAUGAAGAAGAAGAAGGCUCUGUCUUCCAUGGGAGCCACAUACAGCAGCUACCUGGCCAAGGCUGACCAGAAGAGAGGCAAGAAGCAAACAGCCCGUGAGCAGAAAAAGAAGAUUCUGGCAGAUCGUCGCAAGGCCUUGAAUGUUGACCACAUGAGUGAGGACAAACUCAGGGACAAGGCUAAGGAGAUGUGGGACUGGCUGUACGAGCUCGAGUCCGAGAAGUUUGAGAUGGGAGAGAAGCUCAAGAAACAGAAAUACGAGGUUACUACCCUCAGGAACCGUAUUGAUCAGCUGCAGAAACAGUAA